ACAACAACAACAACGACGCCGAUGAUGCUGCCGAGGAUGAUGAGUGCUGUGGCCACGUCUGGCUGCACAGGGUGGAGCUGCAGGAGAAGCUCAUUGGUCCCUGGAAGAGAGACGGAUACAACUCUGUGACCAAAGAGGGACAGUUACCGGCGUCAUUGUGAAAGGUCACCGACCCCAAGACAAUUACAAACCCCUCUUUUUCUGCUUAACAGAACCUUCAUUUUCAAAAUAUGUCAGAAUUCCAAAGCGCAGGUCACCUGUCCCUGAACUAAUCUGUUUUGAGAAGACCUUAAGCUUGUCCACUAGAGUCCGAUAAUGACGCCUGCCGGGUGCGACCUAUCGUGUUACCUCAUCAAUUAUUGCUGGAAGGAUCCGCCCCAGUGAGCUCGCCCUGGAACCGAAACCUUGGUUCACAUCGCGUCCCGAACCGCGGAUCCUCACGGGCAGGAACACCUGGACCAGAAUGUCCCUGCGGGCCAAAUCCCACGCUGACCUGACGGCGGCGGGGUCGCCCUCAGACGGCGGCCUGUGCAGGUCUUUCUGCACGAGCAGCAGCAACGUGACCGCAGGCGGGGGGCGCCUGGGGGGCGGCGGGGGGGCGGAGGACUUCAAGGGCCCCUCCAGGCUGACCAGGAGGCCCGUGAGGGCGGUCCGGCCCCUCAGCGCCGACGGCUCCUUCCUCCAGAUCAACCACCUGCAGGGAGAGCUGGUUAGGAAAAGGAAGGAAUGCGAGGAUCUGAGGAAAGAAAACAAGUUCCUAUCGAACGAGAUCCACAUGGAGCGCAUCGUGAUGCGCACGGAGAGCGAGCUGACCAUGAGGAACCUGAGGAGCCUCAACCAGGAGCUGCAGGCUCAGGUCAAAGAGCUCAAGCAGAAGCUGUGUCAGAGCCAGCAGAGGGCGGCGUUGUGCUCCCGCGCCGCCGAGGAGGCGGAGGAGUCCAGAAGCGAGGCGGAGAGGAGCAGGGCCCUGGCCGAAGCCCGGGCCCUGGGGAGCCAGCGGGACCGGGGGGCCGCUGAGGCCGACCGGAGCCGCCUGGCCGAGGAGCUGCAGCGGCUUCAGAAAGAGCACACCGACUUGCAGCUUUCACUCACUAAAGCCGAGCAGAGCUGCUUUGAAACCAAGCUGAAGCUGGACCGGGAGUCGGGGGACAAGCGGGCCCUCCUGCAGGAGAACAGGAGCCUCGAGGUGGACCGAGACGACCUCCGACUCAAGCUGAGACAGAUCACGGAGGACAACGUCCAGAUCCAACAGAGCGAGGCGGACUCAAGGCGCAGGGAGGCGGCGGCGGCGCACCAGGGCGAGCAGGCCCAGCGGGCUCGGCGGGAGGCCGAGGCCGAGCGGCGCCUGGCCGAGGCCGAGCGGCGGGACAGGGCGGCCGAGUGCCUCGCCUGGAGGGAGAAGCACCGCCAGUUGGCCGACAGGUUCAGAGAGCAGGAGGACCUGAAGGCCCUGAGGAGCAGCAAGGCUUGUCAAGCCAACAUCAAGAGUUACUUCCUCUGCAUGACAGAAAGCGACCAGAGGGUUAAAAUUCUCAAAAGUCAAGACGGCUCCCCGAGAAAUUUCACGGAAAGCGAUCCUGUGUACAUCUCCACCCCCGAGGCUAGUGCGGGAGAACCUGACAGGAGUUCAUCCAGGACGCCGUUCAGGGUCGCCGCCCCCCCACCCGCAGGCCGCGAUCCGGGCCGCUUCGACGAGCUGCCCGCCUUCGGAGGGGAGCGCCCAGACUCCACCCCCCCACGCAGGAGCAGGAAGGUGGUGGAAUACUUCUGGAUCCCCACGGAGCAGGACUAGGCCCUCAACCCGCUUUGCAUGGACGCAUCGGGACUAAAUGAUUUCCUAUUGAUCAGCCUCAGGGCCUAUUCUCACGCUCCUAACCAUAGAUGAAAGAUGUUUGAGGCCUUUGACGCUCUAAAUCUGGGAUUUGUUGAACAUUUCUGGCAUAACGAGAAUGUUUCAGUGUGUUGUAAAGAGAAGCUUUGUGUUUUAUAGAAUGCGAAGCAUCUUAACGAGUAGUGUGAAUAUAUUAAGAGUAGCAGUACAAAUACAAGUGAAACUGGUUUUGGU